AUGAAAUUGGCGAGAAUUAAUUUAUUCAUCCUAAUAUUUCUGAGUAUGAUGAAAGACCACCACUGCGAACCUGUAUGGAACUUAGCUUUUAACAAAUCAGCUUCGCAGAGUAAGAAAUUUGGAAGAAAUGUUGCACAAAAUUCGGUAGACGGCAACGAUGGUCCAGUGCCAAGUCAUGGAAGUUGUAGCGAUAGCGUUGGUUUAAUAAAACACAAACCAUGGUGGGAGGUAGACCUUGCACAAGAUUAUUACAUCAAAGGUGUUGCCAUUUCACAGUCCAAUUAUAAUCCCGUAUAUAAAUAUUUAACGCAUAACUUUACAAUUGAUAUCUAUGGGGAAAACAAGACUAUAGACGAUGCUAUUCUGUGCUAUUAUCAAGAGGAACAAGCAGAAAUGUCUCAGACGAAACUCUAUUUGUGUGUGAAAACCAUUAAAGGUCGUUACGUAAGAAUAACUGUCCAUGGACAACCUGGGGAUAAUGAACACGUGAUGUUUUGCGAGGUUAAAGUGUUUGGUAGCUACGAAUCAGUGUCAAAUUUUGUGAAAAUGGAAGGGACGGAAAUAGCGAAUGAACCGUUUGCAACACGCAACCUAAGCGGAAUCGCUGAAUGUGCCAUGAGAUGUCAUGCUUUGUCGAAGUGUCAUGUUUUCACUGUCAAACGAAUGUCUGAUAUAUAUAAAUGUAAAAUUUAUACCACUACUUUUUUGGUUGCAAAUUCAACUGGGAAUCCUGAUGAAGUCAUAUUCAUACUUUGA